UAAACAAAAAAGGGGCCUUUUUUGCGAUACGGUAGCUGUGGAAGCGGUUUUGAGAGUUCUAUUGUUUUGCACAAUUGUAAAUUGUGCCAAAAUUUGUCCAGUAUAUUUUGAGUAGAGUGUUAGGGUAGUGGUAAUAACCUAGACGUAUCAUACGUUUUGGUCUUUUACUCCUCAGUUAGUAUAGCAUUUUAUUGUUCAGCGUCAAAGGGUUUAUUUUUUUCGGUCGCCGUCAUAACGGGAGUAACGUUAGCAUUAGCAAGCAAUCAAGCUACUCUUUAAACUGACGCGACGCUAAUUUCGAUAUUUAUUUGAUUAAAAUAAGGGUGAGGCAUUAAUGAGCAGCAAUGUCUGGCAUCGCUCUGAGCAGACUGUCCCAGGAACGGAAAGCAUGGAGAAAGGACCACCCAUUUGGUUUUGUUGCUGUGCCUACUAAAAAUCCAGAUGGAACCAUGAAUCUGAUGAAUUGGGAGUGCGCAAUUCCAGGGAAGAAAGGAACGUUGUGGGAGGGAGGACUCUAUAAACUCAGAAUGCUGUUCAAAGAUGACUACCCUUCCUCGCCACCCAAAUGCAAGUUUGAGCCACCAAUUUUCCACCCAAAUGUCUAUCCGUCCGGCACUGUGUGUCUGUCAAUCCUGGAGGAGGACAAAGACUGGAGACCGGCCAUCACCAUCAAACAGAUCCUGUUGGGUAUCCAGGAGCUGCUAAAUGAGCCUAACAUUCAAGACCCUGCACAAGCAGAGGCUUACACAAUUUACUGUCAGAAUAGGAUGGACUAUGAGAAAAGGGUAAGGGCACAGGCCAAGAAGUUUGCCCCCACAUAAGUGGAAAGCUGGCCUUUAUCCCGUCUAAGCUGAGCGAACUGAGAGAUAACAACCCAGGAGCAGGCAGCACCUGAAGGACCACUCCAAUAAGAAUCCAGUUUUGAGUGUUGUUAUACUGUUACUAUAGGUGACAAGUGAGACUGUAUUUCUUUGUUCCUCUUUUAAACAAUGAAAGUUAAAUAAGGUAACAAUUUUCCCUCUCUUCAAGAAAGAAGUAUGCAUUGUCAGUGCAUAGCUGGUGAUCCUAGAACUCUACUGUUAGUAUCACAUUUGUAACUUGUAUAAUCCAUCUCUAGUUUUGUUAUUAAUGCUAAGCUUACUCAUGUCUUCAUUUAUAUUGUAAGCCUUGCUGAUGUAUAGACAGGACUAUAGAAAUAACAUUUCUUGUCCAAACUCCUCUGUGUAAUGUUCAAUUGGAUGCAACAAAGAAAGAGAUCUAACCUAUUUGUUACCUUUCUGUCUUUAUAAAACCUUGAAAGCCCAGAAGUGUUGGAGAUAGUGUUUGAUGAAUGCAGGCUUCAACAGUGACAAAGUAGUCAGAAGUACAAUAUUCAUUCUUCAUUUGUUCUCUUGAUCUUGUGUUCAAUUCUCAUUACGUAUCCAUCACAUCUGAGUUCUGAGAAAAGUGUAAAAAGAAGAACAUCAAUACUUAAAAUUUCUAGUAAAAGACAAUCGAGCACUGCUAAUUUGUAGGUUGUGAACUACAUCGUGGCAGUUAUGUAGAGAAAAAAUGGCACUCUGUCCAUCUCAGAGAAGGAAGCACUUACAGUAGUAAAAUAAAGCAGGUAAGUCAAGGCCUUGCACAGUGCAGUGAGUUAAAAUUCUCCUGUUAUUGAAGCAAAACCAAAACUAACGUAGUGGUAGAAUUCUUUUGGUGAACCCAACUGAAUGUUAAACUAUUUAUCCAUUAUGGUAAUGCACUUCAUUCACAUUCAACUGCAGUGUGUUGUCUAGGAAUGUCCUGAUGAGGUCUCAAAGAGUAGGGCUGAAUCCGAUAAAAGCAUUUUUUAAUUGACGUCAUGCCCAUAUCAAUCAGUGAAUGUCCUCUGUCACACAGGGACCAGACUUUGGUCACGCAAAUUUUAAAUCAUUUGUUAAAUGAUGCAGUAUUGUCAAUUAAUAAUUGAUUAAUUAAUAAUAUAAAUUAAGCACAGCGGAUGUUUUCCUGUGCUGAUUAUGUUGUUUCAGUCAACACACACAUGAUAAGAGUCCAAAAUGACACCCUCUUGUGGUCACUCCAGCACAGGAAGAGGCACAACCUGGUGGCACAACUUGGUACUGUAGCUAAAAAUACUUGGGGUAUGUAUUAUGUAGGAAAAUGAUUUUAGUUUGGAUUGGCAGAUACUAAAUGCUAAAUGACUUUAUGUGGCAAAAAAGAAACUUCAUCGACAUCCCGAGUGUAAUCUUCUUCCUAAUAUGCUAUAAUAUGAUAUAAAGAGAAGUUGUAUAGGAAAACUUUAAAAAAAAAAUGUUGCUGUAUGUUCAUUUUUCCCAUUCAUUUGGUUAUUUUAUACCAUGAUUUUUACAAAAUUAAUUUCAACCUGUAUAAAUCCUAAAAGAAACUACUGGCAGUCAGGAGCUCAAGGAUCCUUAUUGGAAUGGCCUCCCAACCAGCAAGAAGGGCAGAUAAAAGUGCACUUGAGUGUUUUUUUUGCCUCUGAAUAUAUGAGCGUAUGUACAUAAUAGAAAUAUUGAAAAAUUGUGAAAGGUAUGUUUUAUAUUGUCUUAGCCAGUUAACAGUUGUGUGUGGUAUAAUAAAUGACAAAACAAAUGGCAACA